CCGGUGGCAACCUCCGCUGCUCCCCCUUCCCCUAUUCACGAACUAGUCUCCGUACGCGACCUCCUCCGCUCCUCGCCCUACCAAGUCGCAAACGGCGGCGGCGUGCGCGCCCUACGUCUACGUGGCCCCGCCUCCGCCACCGCUUCCGCCUCACCGACGUGUCAGCAUCCCGUCCACAGUACCCACCUGGACGAUACGCAAUUCCUCCUCCUACUUGUCCGUCUUCGGCACAGCCCUUCCACCAAACUCCGCGCCCCCUUCGCCUCGCAGUAAAGCUCGUAGUGCGCGGCCAUGGCGGCGGCAGGUGCCCUGGUCGUGUACCGGGCGGUGUUCGCCGCGCUCGGCUGCCUCAUGGUGGGCACCCUGGUGUACACCUGCAUCACCGACGGCUCGCCGUUCCGCGCCGAGCUGCUGACACCGUGGAUGGUGACAACACUGGUUGACUUUUAUGUAAAUAUAGCAGCGAUCUCGACAUGGGUUGUCUACAAGGAAGGAAAUUGGAUUAGUUCAAUAUUCUGGGUAGUACUGUUGGUUUGUUUCGGCAGUGCCACUACAUGUGCUUAUAUUGUUAGCAAGUUAUUUGAGAUAACAUCUUCAGGGCUUUCCCAAAAUCCACUUGAUCUUUUGUUGCUCAGGCAAGAUAAUCUACCCGAAAGGAAGUGUUCUUUUGUCGUCAUCGGGAGAACUAUUUUCAGCAUUUUGGGCAUACUCAUGGCUGCACUUGUCACGUAUACUGUCAUUACAGAUGGACUGCCUUUCAGGAAGGAUUUGUUGACACCGUGGAUGGCUGCAACCUUAAUUGACUUCUAUAUAAACGUCUUUGCAAUAUCGGUAUGGGUUGUUCACAGGGAGUCGACUUGGAUCUCAGCAGUCAUUUGGAUAUGCUUGUUGAUAUGCUUUGGAAGCAUCACGACUUGUGGGUACAUUGUGGUUCAACUUCUACAAGUGUCAUACCAAGACCCAGUCUACCAUCUGCUACUGAAUUCCCAUAGCAAGUAUGGAGUUGCACCCUCACAGUAAUCGUCGAUCCUCUUCUACUAGCCUGGAAGAUCUGAAAACUCAUUGAAGGGGGAUAUGUUCUUCGUACACAAUAAUGUCCCCUCUGUUCAUAAAGGUGCCACAAUAAAGGGUAUACCAGAGUAGCAAUUAGAGAGAGAGAGAGAGAAAAUCUUCGUGGAAUGGAAUGAUUUCUUAACGAAAUUGAAGCUCCUUCACUUGUUAUUGUCUCAAAGGUGGUUUUGUAAUUGUACAUCAAAUCUAAUUUCUUGGUAAAUGAUGGACAGCAGAUUCUUCUUUUUUGCGAAUA